AUGGCAGGAAAGAAAGUAAGGGGGUAUCAUCGUCUUCAAUCGAGUUCUAGUGUUGGGAAUUUCGAAUAUAACGCAUACAUAUCAUACUCCGCAAAAGAUGUAUCGUUUGUAAAAGAAGAGAUGAUAUCCAACCUUGAAGAUAAGAGUAGUGAUCAAAUAAAACUAGCAGUAAUGCAUAGAGACAUGGAGCCAAGCGGAGAUCAUGCAAAUAAUAUCAUGGACUACAUCAGUCGAAGUAAAAGAACCAUUUGUGAAGUUACUAGAAAUUUUCUGGAAUCGGACUGGCAGGAUUACGAGUUGAAUAUGGCCAGAAUGGAAGGAGUUCAGACAAGAAAAACAUUGAACUUUGUUCACUUAAUUCUUAUGCCAGAUGUAUGCCAGUCAAAAUAUCCCCAGAAAGCUAGUGAUUUUAUAAAGAAUGGAUAUUAUCUGGAAUAUCCCGAGGAGGCUUUUGGACAGCAAGUGUUCUGGGAAACUCUUCGACAGGAGAUAUUGAAAGAAUUUGAGAUUUCAAACUAA